AUGAGCAAUGGGCCUCCGUAUAGUUAUAAGUAUGGUCGCAGAAGAGUCUAUCGUGGACGUGGGGAGCGAUAUGCUCAAAGUUGCAUUAAGGAGCGUGUUCCUUUUGGAGGCGGUUCGUUUAUGGUCUGGGGUGGCAUAUCGAUGAACGGGCGAACAGAACUAGUAUUCAUAGACAUGGUCCGUCAAAACGGUAGUAGAGGAGGUUUGACUGCACAUCGCUACAUAACAGAGAUCUUAGAAAAUCAAAAUUUUACUUUAAUGCAGGAUAAUGCCCGGCCGCACGCUGCUGCACAAGUUCGACAACAUUGCGAAGAGAGCUGUAUAUGCGAGAAAUCCUGUGCCUACGACAGUGGCAUAACUAAGAACACCAAUUUCAGAAGAAUGCCGCAAGAUGUUUUAAAAACCCCAAUCAAAUCUAUGCGGAACCGAUUAGAAUCCAUAAUAAGGGCACGUGGAGGUAAUACACCUUAUUAA